AUGGGUGGACGUCAAAAAAGACCCAGGCUAAACUAAAUCCAUAUUUGCUACCAGACCAGCAAGGUUCAUCAAAAUUGUGGCAUCCUUGCCAGCAUCAAUACCGCCACGGCACAAAAACAGGCCGCGGAGACGUCCUUAACAGCAACGGCCUACUAAACUCGGAUGAAUUUGCCUUUAAAAUGAAGAGAAAGCUGCAAGAUCUGCAUAAAGACAUCCAAGCAGAUGUAUCAAGCCUCACCUCGGAACUGAUUCAAACAAUCAAUGAUCUGGGUGAUCGGACGAUUGAACUCCAAAACAAAAUGGAUGACAUGACUGACUCACAGAAUCUUAUGAGGGAGAAACAAAAGGAACCAUGCAACGUAGCAGUUUCCUUGGAACAGAAAUUUGCCGAUCUACAAGACAAAAAACGGCGAAAUAACACAAGAAUAAAGAUGAAACCAGGUAAAAUACCACCAGUGGAACUAGAGGUUCUUGAAAGGGCACCUACAGACUUUGAUAUGGCAAACAUGGUGAUUGAUCGUAUUCACACACUCCCUAAACGACGUUAUGCUCCAGCAACGGUGUCUAAAGAUAUUACAGACAUGUAUGAACUUCUUCAUACAUAA